AUGUCGGAUUUCGAGGACGAGAUGGACGUGGAUGGUCCGCCGCCUUCCAAGGAUGUGAUUUUCUCGUCCGAGGCUGCCAAGGGCAAACGAAGCGCGGCAAACCUGCCCGUCGAAGCUGAAGACAGCUUACCAUGGAUUGAAAAGUACAGACCAACCACGCUGGACGACGUCUCGGGCCAUCACGACAUCCUGGCCACCAUCAACAAAUUCGUCGACUCCAACAGGCUCCCGCACCUGCUGCUCUACGGCCCCCCCGGCACGGGCAAGACGUCCACGAUCCUAGCGCUGGCGAGGCGCAUCUACGGAACCGCAAACAUGCGUCAGAUGGUGCUGGAGCUCAACGCCUCGGACGACCGCGGCAUCGACGUGGUGCGCGAGCAGAUCAAGACGUUUGCCAGCACCAAGCAAAUCUUCGCCAUGGGCGCGUCGGCCAAGGCCAGCUCGAUGGCCGGGUUCAAGCUCAUCAUCCUGGACGAGGCCGACGCCAUGACCAACACGGCGCAGAUGGCGCUGCGGCGCAUCAUGGAAAAGUACACGGCCAACACGCGGUUCUGCAUCAUUGCCAACUACGCGCACAAGCUGAGCCCGGCGCUGCUGAGCCGGUGCACGCGCUUCCGGUUCAGCCCGCUCAAGGAGGGCGACAUCCGCGCCCUGGUGGACAAGGUGGUGGAGGAGGAGCGCGUGCGGAUCGGCGCCGAGGCGGUCGACGCGCUGGUCGGCCUGAGCAGGGGCGACAUGCGGCGGGCGCUCAACGAGGAGGAGGAGGAGGAGGAGGACGCACCGAGCGUGGUGGUGCCCGACGGCGAGGUGCAGCGCGAGGCGAUCACGACGGAGACAAUCUACAGCUGCGUGGCGGCGCCGACGCCCGACGCCGUGAGGGAGAUUAUGCGGACGCUGCUGGGCACGGCGGACGUGGCGAGCUGUCUGGGGACGAUGAACGCGCUCAAGGUGAGCGGGGGGCUGGCCCUGGCGGACAUGGUCACGGCCUUGUCGGAGGAGCUGGGCAAGCUGGAGGUCAGGCCGGAGGUGAUGAUUUCCUGGCUGGACGGGCUGGCCGAGGUGGAGCACAGGGUUGCGAGCGGCGGGAGCGAGAUGGUCCAGACGGGAGCUGUGGUUGCCGUGGUCAGGGGAGGCGUGGAGCUGAUGGGCCGGUAG